AUGGAUAAUAACCGGGACUCGAGAGUGUCAAUAUCGUCCGCUGUUGACACCGCUUGUUCGCCGAAAACCAACUACGGCCUGGCCAACGGCUACCACSACUCGAACACCUCGUCUCCAACACAAGUGGUUGAGGUGGAGGCGCAGGGGGUGAGGGUGAAGGAGAGGCUCUCCAAGUUCGAGUCAGAGAAGACCCUCGCCCCCACCCAGAACGAAAGGGACAGGCAUACAGAGUACCAGAGUAAACCGGAGGUUGGGGGCGACGGGCUGGACGGUCCCCAUGAUGGGUGGCCUCUCCGUCGGGUUAUCUCCAUCGAGGAGGACCACCUCCCCCACCUGCUUCAUGGAGGGCCCCAGCCCCUGCUGCACCAGCUCAGUGAGAAAGACGACGAGGAGGAAGAGGAGCAAGAGAAGGAAGAUCUGGAGAGUAGUAUCCUCUUAGCCCCUGUUCCUCUACCCGUCCCGGUCACGACAGUGUCCCCCUUCAAACACCGCGGUAGUUUCAGCAGAAUCAGAAAUAUCCCCUCGUCACCUCGAGGACAACCCGUCGGCAAGGAGACCCAAAAUAGGGUGAAGGAGAGGGCCGUGCCUGCCCCGGACCGCCUGUUUAAGGUGGUUCUGGUGGGCAACUCCAGCGUGGGCAAGACUUCCCUGCUGCGCACCUUCUGUGACGGCCGCUUCCACCCCUCCAGCCKCGCUACUGUGGGUAUUGACUACAGUGUGAAGACUCUAAUGCUGGACAACACCCAGGUAGCCAUGCAGCUGUGGGACACGGCCGGGCAGGAGAGGUACCGCAGCAUCACCAAUCAGUUCUUCCGUAAGGCAGACGGCGUGGUGGUCAUGUACGACGUGACGUUGCUGGACAGCUUCAAGGCCGUGCGACCCUGGCUCAUCAACGUACAGGAAGCUGCGGGAGUGGGCAUUCCCAUCCUGCUCCUGGGCAACAAGAUGGAUGCGACGUCCGAGAGGGAGGUACCACUUAAAGAUGCAGAGACGCUGGCCCACGACACCCGUGUGAUAUUCUAUGAGGUCAGUGCUUACACCGGCUACAACGUGACAGAGGCCAUGAUCCACCUGGCCAGAGUGCUGAAAGAGCAGGAGGAUCGGGUGAGAGACACGUUUGUCUUAUUGGAGGCCCUGCCCAUCAAGAAGAAAGCCUGCUGCAAGUAAAGGUCCCGUGUGGCUCAGUUGGUAGAGCAUGGCGCUUGCAACGCCAGGGUUGUGGGUUCAUUCCCCACGGGGGGAC